AAUGUUGCGUUAUUUUACGUUGCGAUAUUUGACAGCUUGACCACUUGACAUUUUCGCAAAUUGGUUAGAAAUUCAAUAACCGGCUUCAAUCUCUAUAUUAGUGCAAAAGUAAGACAUAGUAUUAAUUAAUACAAUGGAACAGAAACUCUUAGACGGACUGAAGGACCUGGGUUAUUGUGGCCCCCUUCUCGAGAAGGCUAGUUUUGAUUCUGCCCUGCAGGAGGGAGCAAAAAACGUGGAAUUCACCAAGCUAGUCAGUUUUUUAACAAACGAGCUACGCGCAUUGCUUAAUAUCGAUGAGGAAGUCAAUCCAAUAUCAGGCCCUGAAGAUUCAGUAUCGUUUGUUAUGGAAGUUAGUUCUUUUCUGAAAGAAUUGAACUGCCCCUACGUUGCCUUAACACAGGGCCAUAUUUCAGACCGUCUGGAAAGUCACCAAGACAAAUUAUUACUUUUAGACUAUUUGGCUACUGAACUGAUGGCCGCAAGAGUACUACAAGAGAAAAAGCCCGAUAAAAAAUUUGAGCUAAAACUGGUAAGUAAAACGAAACGCAAUUUUCAAAUUGUUGAUAAAGUUUUGCAGCAAGAGACUGAAGAAGCUGCCAAUAUGAGGAAGAUAUUAAUGACUCUGAGGUUUCAUAAACCGCCCCCAAACAUUACUAUUCCACAGUUAUUCCAAAAAGUUUGCCCAACUGUGCAAAGUAUUGUUCAAAAAGUUGGAAGUGAAUUAGUUGGAAAGCCUGCGUUUCAAGGAACACUUUCUGAUAAGCAGUGGGAAACACUAAAUGGGGUUCAGAAGGAUUUGAACAAUGAAUAUAAAAUUAGAAGAGAGAUGUUGCUAACAAGGCUGGAUGUUACGAUUCAGUCUUUUCAGUGGUCUGAUAAAACGAAAGGCAAAGAUGAGUUAUUUGAAAAAGUUUACACCGAAAAGCGGAAACGCCUGAAAACGGAACCGGAAGUUGAACUUGCUGAUUUAUUAGCCGCACGAGACGACAUUGCAAUUAUCGAAAAGACAAGUAACUCGUCUGUGCGCAAAAACACAAAAUCGUCACUAAAUAAAGUCAUUAUUGGACAGGUUCCUGAUCGUGGAGGCCGAACCUCUGAGCAAGCGCCGCCCCCUCCGGAGAUGCCCUCUUGGCAGCAGCGCACGCCGGGGCCCUCGGGGGGCGGUCGAGGAAGAGGCGGCGGUAACUUUUCCCGUAACGACAACAGACAGAACUAUUCAAGAGAUUCGGGGAGUUACGGUGGAAGUUACUCUGGUAAUCAAGGUGGUUAUGAUAAUUAUAAAAGCGGCGGUCGCGGUUACGACAAUUAUAACCAGGGGCGCAGUUAUGACAGUGCUGGAAGUUACGGUGGUGGUUAUAACAACCCUGGUUAUAAUAACGAGAGACAGGGGAGUUACGGCGGCGGCCAAGGCAGUUAUAACGAUAAUAAAAGUAGUUACGAUAAUAGGAAUUUUGAUAGUGCAGGUAGUUACUCCACGAGCUAUGAACAAAAUUCGAAAAGGCCGAAAACUUACGAUUCCUUUCAACAAAAUAGAACGACUUAUGCUGAUCAGUAUGUGCAAGAGGAACAGCAUAAUCAGCAGUAUCACGGGAGGGGGAAUUACAGAGGGAGAGGCAGAGGACACUCGAAUUACAACAGGGGAGGCAGGAAUCACUAUUAAAAAUUGUGCUGUAUCAUUAUUUGCAGUUAUUUGAAACUAGCACUAACACUUGAAAGAUUGCUAAUGUAUUUAAAUAUUUAAUAAAAGUACUGAAUCGA